AUGAAAGCUGUCGCGUUUCUUAUUUGCGCGUUUGUCGUCAUCCUUGCCGAUUUCAUUCCUAAGUACGAACUGUCGAAGGAGGCUAUUGAGUACGUCUCUUAUCGCUCAAAGCCUGCUCCUCCUAGUCAGGCUCAAUUCAAUCAAAUUCUUGGUAUGGACCCUCUCCUCUUUUGGAGAAAUGGAACAAUCAUCAAUAACAAUAUCAAUCAAUUAUUGCAAUCGAAUACUACAGAGCUGGUAAAAAUAUGCAACGCCCGUACACAGUUCUACCAAUGUCUUGGGACAUCGUACUAUCCGUGUAUGAAUCUCUUCAAUAUUCUCGACACCUCCGAUCCUGACUUCAUAAAUGCUUUCGAUUAUACUAGAACAUACAUGGGACUGGAAUUCAUGUGCAACGCUGGCUUUGAAGAAGUAGUCGGUCAAUGGUCAUGCCUUCAUGGUAUUCAAACGACAUCGGCAUACAAGAAUUGCAUGAGCAACUUUACUUACAAUACUGUUCCGACAAAUUUCUGCAACAUGGUCGACACAACCGGGAAGUGCUUGAACAACGCCUAUUUGAACGCUUGCCUUGACAAUGGGGCUGGAUGGUUUGGUUGCGAAAAUUUCCGCUUUACUUUCGAUCAGACAUGCUGGGGCCUUCGCUGUACAGUGGGAAUGAACUACUGA